GUGAUUGCAGAAUCAGAGUCAUGCAGGCCAUCACACAGACCCAGAAACAUAAGCCAGAACCAUACAUGACACAUACACACGACUUCACACACCUACCGGCAGAACCAACUAAGACAGCCGCGCACGCCGCGGGCAAGCCGGAAUGAGAUGGGAAAAAAAUUGCGUAGCAGAGCGUGUUUCGCACUGCCACCCAUGCACAAACGUGCACAAACUCUGUGCACUCCAAACCCUACAAACCCCCUGCCGCCGCUCGAACAACAGAGCCCUCAUACCAUCGAGAACAAGGAUGAGCAACACAGGUGGUAUGAGGUGGCUGUGCUGAUGCCGGACAGGGCAAGGGCUGCCAGCAGCACGAUCACCUUGAUGCAGACGGACAGCACCAGCUUGUACCACACCAGACGGCGGCAGAAGCGCGCAAGGUUGAUGAGCGGCGGAAGGUCAUCCAGAGAGCCGUACCUGAGGCAGAACAAGACGGGUGCGUGUGCGCGGAUGUGUAUGUGCUUUGAAUGUGCAUUACAUACUUGAGAAUGUCGGCAGCCUCCACGGCAAGGUGCUGCACGAGUCCCGGGCCACCCAU